UUUACUGCUUUAUGAGCAGAAACAGGACUAAACCGGUUGAAAGAUAUAUAUUUAUAAUGCUUCUAGUCACCUAAUUGAGCACGAGCAACCAAGAUGGUGUAGACAGUAGCUUCAGGGCAACUAGGGCAUGUUGCCUGUGUAAUUAACUUCAUCGGCAAGAUGAUUAUUAUGAGGCUGUGAAGCAGAGCCAAUAAUAUCCCAGAGUCUAUAUCUACCAAAUUGGUAGGAAAUUAUUAAAAUUCUUUCAUGUUUGAGCAUAAUUGAGUAUGCCAGUGCAAGCGCCGCAAUGGACAGAAUUUCUUACCUGUCCUGUCUGCUUUAAUGACUUUAAUGGAAGGAAUAACAUCCCGGUUAGUUUAGGAUGUGGCCACACUAUCUGUAGAACAUGCCUGAAGCAGCUGCAUCAGAAUAAGUGCCCCUUUGAGCAGUCCCUGGUCAGUCAGCCGGCGGAUCGUCUGCCCAGCAACACUGCCCUGCUUAAACUACUGGGGGUCAAACUGGACGAGAAUGAAGAUGGCGUACUGAGCAGACUUGGGCCCAACGUGUCCCAUUUCAAGACCUCCAGGAAGUGUAUAGAGGACAUGGCCGGGUAUCUUCACCAUGUGACAGGGACACAGAGUAAUAAGGCUGGAAACAACACCUCUCUGCCAGCACCCCUGGGAACUCUGAGCAGACCCAUGCAGAGAAAACUGGUCAUCCUCGUCAACUGCCAGCUGGUGGAGGAAGAAGGACGUGCACGUGCAUUACGCGCUGCACGUUCUCUUGGUGACCGUACUGUGACAGAGCUCAUUCUGCUGCACCAGAAUCCCCAGCAGUUGUCAGCCAAUCUAUGGGCUGCUGUACGUGCCAGAGGCUGCCAGUUUCUUGGACCUGCCAUGCAGGAAGAAGUUCUGAAGCUCAUCCUCCUGGCUUUAGAGAAUGGCUCUGCCCUCUCCAGAAAGGUGCUGGUACUGUUUGUUGUUCAGAGAUUGGAGACUCAGUUUCCUCAAGCCUCCAAGACGGCCAUUGGGCAUGUGGUCCAGCUGUUAUACAGGGCCUCUUGCUUCAAGGUCACAAAAAGGGAUGAUGAGUCCUCGCUAAUGCAGCUGAAGGAAGAGUUUCGCACUUAUGAUGCCUUGCGUCGCGAGCACGACUCCCAGAUUGUCCAGAUAGCCACCGAGGCUGGACUGCGUAUCGCCCCAGAGCAGUGGUCAUCUUUGUUGUAUGGGGACGCUGGACACAAGUCACACAUGCAAUCUAUUAUUGACAAGCUCCAGACCCCCCAGUCAUUUGCCCAGAGUGUGAAUGAGUUGGUGAUAGCUCUGCAGAGGACAGGGGAUCCAGCCAACCUUGCCAAACUCAGGCCACAACUGGACCUGAUGACCAGUAUUGAUCCAAGUCCAGAUGCCCCUCCCCCAUCCUGGGAGAACCUGGAAGCUGUGUUGAAGGCAGUGAAGACGGUAGUCGAUGGCCUGGUGGAGUUCACCCGGAACCACAGCCACAAGAAAUACGAGGCUGGUACAGUCCACAACCUGAAGUACAAGACCAGCAUGUGCCGGGACCUGGUACAGAUGGGCUCUUGCCCCAGAGGAGCUACCUGUACUUUUGCUCACUCAGAGGAAGAGAUGGAAAGGCACAGAAAUAGGAAUAAGAGAUGGACAGGUAAGGUGUCCAGCUCGUCCAGUUUGACCCCCAGGGAUCAGGCUGACCUUGCCAUGGUAACAAAGGAAUCCAGAUUCAAAUUGGCCACCAGGGAGAAUACUGCUGCCAGCAAGACAAGCCAACAACCAGAGGAGAAGCAAACGCACCCCCAGUCAAACCACCAGAUUUCGCGAGCAGUACCUGUGCCCACCUCCAAGAUGAGCCUGUCCCCAGUGAGCCAAGCCUCUCCCCCCGUGGUUCUCCCCUCCUCCAUGCCAAUGUCCCAGGUUGUGAAGCCCAUGUCUUACACCAUGCCGCAUCCACACGACCUGGUGCAUAAAUCCAUAGGCCGCCCAAGGAUGUCCUCGUAUGAAGUGCCAACUGUGGAAGGACUUGCUCUUCAUAGUCCCACGCCGCCUUCAGAGCCCCCUACCUGUCCUCCUGUACCUACAGCACAGAGACCACACUAUGAGCCCUGGGUCACUUAUCCCCCAUAUCACCCUCAAGCCAUCCCCAGGACCCCAGGGGGGACAGUGAGGUACGCCCCAGGGGUGUCACCCUACCCCCAGCAGCCCCCUCAACAAAUGCCGGCCUAUCCCCAAGUUCAGCCAGGAGUGGUCCGGUACAAUGCCCAGAGGGUUCCACCACCCCCUGAGUAUGUCUCCACCCCCCAGGGAUUGCCUGCCUACCCUGGGGUCCAGCAGGGAAUGAUGGCUGGGUACCCUCCUGGUGCUGAAUAUGCGGUUGAGACGCACUAUCAACUUGUACAGCAGCCCAUAUAUGGGUAUGAUCAAGGUUUAGGGAGAGAGUAUCCGAAGUACUUGACUGCCCCGCCCAGUACACAGGGUGGGGCUCACCCCCAGGAACAGGUGCUUGACCCACAGACUGCACAGGAAGAGAAUGCAUCCAUAGAGCAGCUUGAGAGACGCCGAAGUGAACUGCUGAAUCAGCUAAGAAAUAAACAGAGUAGGCCCAACACAUCAGCGCCAUCUAGUGUAGGGGAAAGGAAGAUGAAGACCACAACCAGCUCCUAUCAGCAGCAGCAAUCCGUGGUGGAUGCUCUGAUAUCCAGUAGUACUACCACGGCGUACAAUGAUACUAUUUGGAGUUCAAAAGAACACUUCAAUGAAGACAUGCCUUGGUCCACCGGAGAGGCAACAUACAGUGAUUCUCGUAAUGGAUCCACCAUAGACAGUGAAGCGGCAAUUCAGGAAAGGCAUAAAGAACGUGCUGGUGCUUUCUUGGAUGCUUACUCAGAGACAAAUGCGCCAUUAUCUUCAUUGAGCUAUGAAGCCGCUGAUGAUUUUGACACUGAUCACCAUGGUGACCAUGAUGAUGAUGGUGAUGAUGAUGAAUGGGUUAGUAAGGAUAUUUCUGAUUUUCAGCAUCUGAUAAGCAGGAAUCUCUUCACGACCAUAUAUAGUAGCCUAGAUGGUGGAAAAGAUACCACGGUUUGGACAUACAACUCACUUUCCUCGACUUUGCCAGAGGAAAUCAUUCCCUUUUCUGACAAGCCCAUUGUGUCCAGGUUUGGUCCCAUUUCUCGUGUGCAGCGCAAUGAAACCAACCUCCAGGUUGCUAAGCCAGUGCAGGUGACAGCCUCACAGGGAGGGAACCCCCUGCCAUCUACUGCUGUGACCCCAGUAGAGCGGCCAUUCCCCAAUUCCUACGCAGUGCCCUCACGUUACCCUCCUAACCCUUUUGGUCUGGCAGAGGUAGAACAGGCCAAGACGAACACCUCAGCAAGUGGUACUGUGAUGAAGAACAGCGAGAGGCUCCAGAGGAGUUCCAGAGGAGUAGCUGCAAAUGAGGCUGAGAGAGAGCAGCUAAAACUUGAGCUUCAGAAGAUUGAUGCCCAGAUUAUACAAGCAGCAGAAUCAGCCAGAGACACUUAAAUUUUGUGCACUGAUUAACUGGACUGCCAGGAAGGUGAUGCCUGUACAGUACGUGCUAUAGGCAGAAUUUUUAACAACUGUUUCAGGUGUAAUUUCCUUGUUAAGUCAGCACAGUAAACAUUGAUUCAGAACAGCAUGUUUCAGAUUAUACUGAUUUUUUAUCAUCUACAAUGUUCAAUAUGUAUGGAAAAAAUCAGUGAGAUAUCUCACAUUAAGUUUGAGAUAUUGCAUUUCAAAGUGAAAUCAUAUACAUUCUACUCAUUGGUUGUUAAUUAUGAGGUAGGUGGUUAAUGAAAAAAUAGUCUAAGAUAUAUUCUUGUGGCUGUUUGAUUUGAUGUGGAAUUACCCAGAAGCCAAACAGGCUUUGGAAAUGUAAUACAAAUUUUAACCAACCAAUGCUUUGAUUGUAGCCCACAGAUAUUUCCAUCACAUUUUGGUGGUUGCUCUUUGAAUGAGAGUCUAAUGUUUGGUGAAUGAAUUAUCAUUAUUUUCAUCCUUGUUUGAUAUCCUUAAUUAUAUUAAAAUGUAAUAAUAUUUCUUUCUUUUUUUCCUUAUUUUGCUCCCCUUUUAUUUGCCGUUUCAUUCCAUAAUUACAAAUUUUCUGUGAGUGAUUUUUUUAAACACUAUUCUUUAAAUACAUUAGGUUAUGGUAGAGAAUAUGUUUUUUUUUUUUUAAGUUUAAUUAUUCCUCUCUGAGUCAUUAUAAAAAUAUGUAUAUAUAUAAGACGCAUUCAGAAGAAAUUGAUCUGCAAAUCUAAUACGGCCAACCCACUUGAAAUCCUGCUGCAUAAUUCCCUAAUAGACAUUCAAUUUGAAUAGAUUCCCAGCAGGGAAUAUGCGGAAACCUUUCAAGUGUGUCAGCCAUAUUGGAUCAGCAGAUCAAAUUUUGCUGUGAAUGCGGCCUUAGAAUAUGAUUUCAGUUGAAUCUCAUCAGAGAUGAGGUAGAAGAUUUUUAAUUGUACUACAUAAUUGAAGCAUAUGAUUACCAUGUAACCUUGCUAAAUGAUAUUGUUUAUUUGUAAAACAUCAAGUCUUUCAACAUCUUGUAUGUGGUAGCAUUUGGUGGUAUAUUGUUAGUCACAUUUUUCUAUUAUUUAUUAUAGUUUUUCGUCACAGACAUUUAGUACAUUCAGUUGUGAAGAACAUCUUACUUCAACAUCCUGUGUAUAUCCAUGCUUGCAUGAAUAGUGAAGUGGUUAAAAAGUUUUCACUGUUUCCUUUCCUCUCUCCAUUGAACUAAAAGUUGUUCCUUAAAGGUUUCCCCUACAUUGAACCUGUUCAGUUUAAGGUGCACAAUUUUAUCUAUGUGUGCUGAGAGGUGAGUCAACUGUGCGUAAGACUCUUAUCUCAAAACAUUAAAUAGGUCAUUGCCAUCUGGUGAGGUAAUUUGAUUACUCACAAACUUGUUUUUUAUACUUUGAAGAAAAUUUCAUGUUGUUGAGAUCUAUGGAGUACUUUGCUUGAAAACUGCCCUGAGCAAACUUUUAAGUUUGCAGCAAAUUUGCAAGAAGGAAUUUUACCAUGCAAUUGAGGCAAAAAGACUUUCUUACUAACUUCCUGCAAACUUUUAAUCUUCUUGCAAAUUUGCAGCAAAUUUGCUGUAACUGUCAUUCUUCUUACAAUGAAUGGCAAACAUUCUUGCAAACUGUAAAGUUUGUUGCAAAAUUGUGCUAAGGGUGUUUUAUGCAGUUUCCAAAGACCAUCCAGCGGACACAGUAGCUGUAUGGUACAAACGAUCCAAUGAAAUUACUAGGAAUCUUGUUCGUUGUUUUGAAAUUUACACUAACUUUUGCAACUUUGGCCCAAUAAUGUGCUGGAGGCUGAUAUUGAGGUAGGCAGUGUAAGCCAGGAUUCAAGACUAUAGAUGGCGCUGUAUUCAACAUUUGAAAUCCAUUUGUUAUUUUUAAUGUAACCUGGAAUCUGGGUAAUUUUGUGAAGAUAUUUCUGCUGGUAUCUGGCGAAAUAUUGCUUCCCCAUAGGGCAGUGAGAGUUGGUAGGAAGUCAUAGAUUUGAGCAUUCAGAAUUCAGAUAUUUGACUAUUAUUUUUUUAAAAUAGAAGUUGGCACAAAGUGGUUUCCAUGGUAUUCCUCAAUUUCAGACAUAAGCAGAUUUGUGGACAAACAUUAAAACAUUAUAUCAGCUAUGGGAUUUUUUUUUUUUUUGAAUUAUGUGCAUACACUACAACCAUCCAGCAGAUACUGUGUAUCGUUUGGGAAUUACCUUUGAUAACUGAGAUUUAUUAGUCUUGUGAUAAUCUUUAUAAUAUGUAUCAUUUCAAUUUUGUUUGUUACAGGUGAGGUAAUAACCUUGCUAAUUUGCAAGAGUUCAUUUUUUAAAAAGCAUGCAUUUAUGUAUUAAUGUGAAUUAUUUGAUAGAACCUUGGCUGGUAUCUGGCCAAUUCUUAGUCCUUUUCUUCAAUUGAAAAAUUAGAAAUUAUGUCAGUGAAAUUUACUUCACAUAUUUGCUGGUAUCUGGCUAUAAAUGUUAUCCUUUUAUAUUCUUUUUUACUAUGAAGAAAAAAGUACUGUUCAUCUUGCCGCAAUUGUUAGGCAAAAGAAAGCACAAAAUACUGGUGAAUAUGCAUGUAGUGUAGUGGCGGAUCCGGGGUACAGUAAGCAAAUGCCCUUCCUUCAGCCUCUGAGCCCCCCCCCCCUUCCCCCCCCUUUCCCUCCUGAAAAAGACAGUAUAACGAGCGCAACUAGACAAAGAGCAGAAUUGACUGCCGUUUUGAAAUUUGCCUAUAGAGAAGCGAGUCAAUUUCUAUUCCCAAACCCCAUGCCAAACUCUGGAUCUGCCAUUGUGGUGGAGUUGUCAUAGUGACAGACCCUGUUGUAGGUGGUUUGAUUUUCGGUCUUUCGUUAUAAACAGCAUCUUUGUUAUGGUGAUUGUGUUGUACUUUAAUGUCAUUUGAUAUGGAAUAUAGAUAUUUAUCUUGAUACCGUUCUACAGUUGGCGUAUCUCUUGCACUAUGAAUUACGUACUAUUUCUUGUGUGUGAGAAUUCAGUAAAUUUGUAGCAAUAAAUAAAUCUAAAUGGUCA